AUGGGUGAUGAUUCAACAGGAAAGAGUGAGGCUGAGUCUUUAGCAACACAUGAUCUUGAAAAUUUUGAAUUCUUGGUUGAUUUGGUAAUUUGGUAUAAGUUGUUGCAUUCAGUAAAUAUUGUAAGCAAGAUUCUCCAAGCUGAAGAUGUAGAUAUUGAUGUUGCUAUUAAACAUAUAAAGGGUCUUAUGUUGAAUUUUGAAGAAUAUAGAGAACAUGGAUUUGAAAAGGCUGUUAAUGAAGCUAAACAAAUGGCAAAUGAAUUGGGAAUUGAAGCUUCAUUCAAGGAAAAACGUAUUAUUAGAAGAAAAAAACAGUUUGAUGAAACUAUUACAAAUGAGGUAACACAAUCAGCGGACGAAUCUUUCAGAGUUAACUACUUUCUCUUUUUGAUUGAUCAAGGGUAUUCUUCUCUACAAAGCCGGUUUGAACAAUUUAAAAAAUAUGAAGAAACUUUUAGAUUUUUAUUCAGUUUGGAGAAAUUAAAGUGUGUUGAUGAUGAUAAUUUGUUAAGAUCUUGUGAAAAUCUUGAACAAUGUUUAAAGCAUAAUGACAAUUCUGAUAUUGAUGGACAUGAGUUAUUCAUGGAGUUAACUCUUUUGAAGCAUUCUUUACCAACAGAAGCAAAAAGAGCAAUAGACGUGUUGAAUCAUCUCAAAGAUGUGGAUAAUUGUUAUCCGAAUGCUUAUAUUGCUUACAGAAUUUUGUUGACUAUACCAGUUACAGUUGCAACUGUCGAAAGAAGUUUCUCGAAGUUGAAAUUGAUCAAAAAUUAUCUUCGAUCAACUAUGUCACAAGAAAGAUUGAACGGGCUGGCCAUGCUAUCAAUUGAGAAGAAAAUUAUGGAAUAUCUUGAUUACUCAUGCUUAAUUGAUAUUUUUGCAUCAAAAACGACAAGACGUGUUAUAUUUAAGUGA